UCUUGUGGCAGGACGGAUUUGAUUUCUUUCAUUGCACUGAAUAAUCGCAGUUUCCAUGAAUAGCCCGCGUCGACAAAACAUCGUGUUAAUAAUUGUAUUUACUUUAAGUUUCGACUUUCAGACCGCCGCGCCAAAUGUAGAAAUCAAUCCAGUGCAGUUUUCAGAUGAGUUUGUAGAUUUUCUACAAAAUAUGGGAUCGCGCGUUUAUAAAUACCGACAAAAAUUCGACGAACCCAGCACAACGGAAAGGGAUUGCAUAUUUCCAAGAGUGGAUUCAGUCCUUACGAAGUCAACCGUUCGUAAGACACCAAACAGCCUGAACGACAUCUUGAUGAUGAAGCUCGUAGCUUUCUACGAGAACAAGUACACCCUAAACCCCUACAUCGGGCCGACGACGACUGAGGUCUCGACGAGCCGAGCCAUCCCUACUCACAACGGUGUCGUCAAGCUCCGUGGUAUGAAAACGAGCCAAGAAAAUGGUCCAGAACAAUUUUCUGAAAUUCAAGAGAUAAUAGUAAUAUGA